AACUUAAAACCCUAACCGAUAUCCUUUACAGUGACUCAGUGACUCGGUGACAUAGUUUCGUGUCGCUUUUGAUGCUAUUACAUCAUGGGAAUCCCGCAAUUCUACAAGGGCUGUCGAGUAGGUAUCGCAGUGCGUGCGGAAUGCCAAGGAAGAUCGUCCCCUUAUAAUCAACGGCGUAGGUGCCCCGUGAAUAUUACGCCCCUAACCCUAACGGCUUCGAGUUCGACAAUCUCUAUGUCGACGUGAACGGCAUUAUUCAUCCCUGUUUCGAUCCUGAAGAUAUGCCAGCUCCGACAACAUAUGAGGAGGUAUUUGAGGCAGUUUUCAAGUACAUUGAUAAGAUAUUCUCCAUAAUUAGGCCUCGGAAGCUUCUUUUCUUGGCAGUUGAUGGUGUGGCACCACGAGCUAAGAUGAAUCAACAACGGUCAAGGCGUUUCAGAACUGCUAAAGAGGCAGCUGAUGAGGCCUUAAGGGCAGAGGGGAAUGCAGGAGAAAUAUCAUCUCUACCGGAGCAAUCUAAGAAAUUGGACCCAAAUGUAAUAACACCUGGUACUGAAUUCAUGGAUUUAUUAUCAUCAGCUCUUCAUUAUUACAUACACUUGAGGAUGAAUGAAGAUUUGGGGUGGAAGGGAAUAAAGGUUAUUCUGUCUGAUGCUUGUGUACCUGGUGAGGGGGAGCACAAAAUCAUGUCUUACAUUCGCCUGCAGAGGAACUUGCCAGGUUAUGAUCCAAACACUCGGCAUUGUCUAUAUGGAUUGGAUUCUGAUCUGAUCAUGCUUGCAUUGACUACCCAUGAAGUCCAUUUCACUAUUUUGAGAGAGUUCAGAGUAGGCUCUAACAAUGGUUCAAAGCAAAAGAAAGCAUUUAGGAGGAAGCAGGAACAGUUGAGAAAGAAAGUUAAAGCAUCUGGCAAUUUAGAAGCGUAUAUCCUGGGACAGAAAUUUCAGUUUUUCAACAUAUGGACUCUGAGGGAGUAUUUAGCACUUGACUUGAGAAUACUGAAUCAGAAAUUAACUAUGGAAGCAGACCUGGAGCGUCUGAUUGAUGAUUUUGUCUUCAUGUGUUUGUUUGUUGGAAAUGACUUCCUACCUGGAAUACCUUCCCUGGACAUAUCUAAGGGAGCUAUUAGUGAACUCCUAAGCAUUUACAUAAAGGGAUUUGUUGAAAGGGGAGGCUACCUAACCGAUUCAUUUAAGGUAGAUUUGAAACGUGUGAAGCACUUUCUUGAGGCUGUUAAUCAUGAAAUCAUCUUCAUUAAAUGUGGCAAAACUUUUGGUGGCAAAACACGUGCCAGAAAAAAACGUCACAUGUUUUUCAACAUAUGGACUCUGAGGGAGUAUUUAGCACUUGACUUGAGAAUACUGAAUCAGAAAUUAACUAUGGAAGCAGACCUGGAGCGUCUGAUUGAUGAUUUUGUCUUCAUGUGUUUGUUUGUUGGAAAUGACUUCCUACCUGGAAUACCUUCCCUGGACAUAUCUAAGGGAGCUAUUAGUGAACUCCUAAGCAUUUACAUAAAGGGAUUUGUUGAAAGGGGAGGCUACCUAACCGAUUCAUUUAAGGUAGAUUUGAAACGUGUGAAGCACUUUCUUGAGGCUGUUAAUCAUGAAAUCAUCUUCAUUAAAUGUGGCAAAACUUGUGGUGGCAAAACACGUGCCAGAAAAAAACUUCACAUGGGAAAAGCAGAAAUUGAUUUGAAGAGAAACUAUUAUAAUCAGAAGUUUGGGGCUAAAAGUAAAGAUGACCGGGAGAGAAUUCGGACAGAUGCGGUCUUUAAAUAUACAGAAGGGGUUUGUUGGAUCAUGCGUUAUUACUACGAAGGAGUGUGCUCAUGGCAGUGGUUUUAUCCUUAUCAUUAUGCACCGCGUGCUUCAGAUUUUUAUGAUAUUGAUAAAUUUGAAUUUCACUUCUCAAUUGGGAAACCCUUCAAGCCGUUUGAUCAACUAAUGGGUGUAUUGCCUGCUGCAAGGUUUCCAAUAUAA